AUGGCGGACAACGAUGGAUUUCAAGUGGUAAAGAAAAGUAAAGGUCGCAAACACAGGAAUGACAAAGAUAAAAACGGAUCUUUAGCGAAAUAUCGGGACAUCUCGAGCUCCUAUGAUUCAGAAAAGUGCGAUAUAAAUGAGUUAAAGACGAAAAUCGAGAAAUGCAGGGAAGAAAUUUCCGGGAGUGAAUUUCUUUCAAAUGUUCAAGAACUGCUUUGUGAUGGCCACUCUGUGAAGAAUAUCUGUUGUCCAGCUGAAUCUGCUGUUAAACCAGAUACUAAGGCCAUCCCAGAGGAACCUGUUACUGAUAUUGUUUGUUAUGGAAUUGGAAAACUGUCUUCAUGUCCUGUAGCUAGAUACCAGUUUGCCUUUUUGCUGUUAUUGAGAGAGUUGCUAAAGAUUAGUGGACUGUGUUUCAUCUAUGAACCUCAUUUUUCACAAGAUGAUAAAGUAGUUGUGGAAGAGUUUGGAUGUUCUCUUAUUGAUCACAAUGAGACUGUUUUUGGUUUAUUUUGUUACUAUGAAGGAAAGAGAAGGGUGGAAGACUUAACAUUAUUUUUCAUGCUUCAUUGUGGUAAACCCCUUUACAACAAUGUUCUUUGGGCCAACUGGGGUCUAGGGCUAUCCAAUGUUAUCAUUCUUGGGAAUAGAUUUACAAGCUAUCAGGAAAGAAUACCCUCUAGAAAGCUAAGAGAAGAAGCAUUAUAUAUUUACAAUAUUCUGCCAUUUACAAGGGAGACACCAAUACCUAACACUUUUCAUCAUAGUGAUAUCUUCAAUGACUCUGGGAUCCACUGGUUUUCGAGGGAAGUGCUGGCAACAGUACCAGAUAUGUUAUGGAAGGAUUGUGCUGAACCAGUGUACUCUGAAGAUGACGAUGAAAUUGUGACAUCUCACUAGACAUUCCGGUUUUAAAGCUAUUCCCUGGGUUUUAAAAAUUUUGCCCAAAUUUGCUCUUAUACUUAAAAUAAUUCCCCCCCACCACGACUUCCCGCCCAAUGAAACAAACAACAUUUUCGCGAGGCCUUAAGUUACCUUAACUAGAACUUUAAAACAAAUUUAUGUUGUCGUGCCGUGAUAAUUAAUAAUAAUAAUGAUAAUAUACAGUAUUUAUAGAGUGCUAAUUCCUAAUGGUCCAAUUGGUUUUCACAAGAUUUUUCACCACAUUAUAUAUUUUUUUCCGCGUCAUCAUCAAAUGUAAAUGACUUUACAUAUGUUCAGUGAAAAAUAAAGCAAAGUUAAGCGGA